UACAGCUGCUUCAGGACAAGCACGUUCGUUUGGCGGAUUUGAACUAACCUAGAGUACUGUGCCUGAAGUUGCUGCUGCUGGUAUUAAAACCACAAUAGCAGCAGCGCUACUAUGGAGACAAAAUGAAUCUGUUCAUUCAUUUUAUCCUUAUCCUGGAAAGGCUUUCCACCGAAUGAACCACCCGCUGAAUUGUCAACACGCCAACGUCAGACGCAUGUCCUUCUAAAAGCAAUCAGCGUCAAGUUAAGGAAAACGCAUCGAUACGAACAAUAAAGCUGGGCUUUGAGGGAAUCUGUGCAGCCAAUUUUGCUUCUGUGUCAUCUGCGCCAGUAUCUGCAGAGCAACGAAACAGUGCAAGGAGUGCUCCAGCUCUGACUGAACAGCGACGGAGUGGGACUCGUCCAAGUAGAAGAGAGGGAUCAUCUGCUUUUGCUUUAUUUUGGAGAGGGCGGCCUCUUUUGACAGGCAAAAAAAAAGCAAAGAGGAGAUGCUUCUGUAAUCAAAUUCAGCUGGACGGCAUUCAAACUGCAGGGAAGACAUCCACAUGAUCAAGGCUGCUGCACAACCUCACAACCUGUGUUCAUAAGUGAAUCUCUCUCUUUCUCUCUCUCUCUUUCUCUCUUUCUUUUCUCUCUCUUUUUCUCAGUACUCUACCUCUCUUCCCUUUACUUCUCUUUUUUUCGCUCCAGCUCUGUGCUUUUUCUCCAAGUUGAAAGCAGAGAAUCCACCACACACAAGUCCUCAUCAUGGGCGAUAAAGGCACAAGAGUGUUCAAGAAGGCAAGUCCAAAUGGAAAGCUGACUGUCUAUCUUGGGAAACGGGAUUUUGUUGACCACGUGGAUCUUGUAGAGCCAGUUGACGGUGUGGUUUUAAUUGAUCCAGAGUACUUAAAGGAGAGAAAAGUUUUUGUAACGCUGACAUGUGCCUUCCGCUAUGGGCGGGAGGACUUAGAUGUUCUUGGCCUGACAUUUCGAAAGGACCUCUUUGUGGCCAAUAUACAGGCAUUCCCUCCUGUGCCUGAGGAGAAGAAAGGCCUGACACGUUUACAAGAGCGACUGAUUAAGAAGCUUGGAGAGCAUGCUUAUCCCUUCACCUUCGAGAUACCUCCAAAUUUACCCUGUUCUGUUACAUUACAACCUGGACCUGAAGACACUGGAAAGGCCUGUGGGGUUGACUUUGAAGUGAAAGCUUUCUGUGCUGAAAAUGUUGAAGAAAAAAUUCACAAGAGGAACUCAGUGCGGCUCAUCAUCAGGAAAGUGCAGUAUGCUCCAGAGAAGCCAGGUCCACAGCCAAUGGCAGAGACAACGAGGCAAUUCCUCAUGUCAGACAAGCCUCUACACCUGGAAGCUUCUCUGGAUAAAGAGAUUUACUACCACGGUGAGCCAAUUAGUGUCAAUGUUCAUGUCACAAACAACACAAAUAAGACUGUGAAGAAAAUGAAGAUUUCAGUGCGUCAGUAUGCUGAUAUUUGCCUCUUCAACACUGCCCAGUAUAAGUGCCCUGUAGCAACAGAGGAAUCAGAUGACAUUGUGGCUCCAAGUGCAACAUUCUGUAAAGUAUAUACCCUCACCCCCUUCCUCGCCAACAACCGAGAGAAGCGUGGCCUAGCCCUGGAUGGAAAGCUGAAACAUGAAGACACAAAUUUAGCUUCAAGCACAUUGUUACGAGAAGGAGCCAAUAAGGAAAUUUUGGGUAUUAUUGUGUCGUAUAAAGUUAAAGUGAAGCUGGUGGUGUCCCGUGGUGGACUGCUUGGAGAUCUUGCCUCCAGUGACGUAGCAGUAGAGCUGCCCUUCACAUUAAUGCACCCAAAACCAGUAGAGGAAUCCAUCUACAAAGAUGCUCCAGAAAGUGAUGCACCUAUUGACACAAACCUGAUCGAGUUUGACACAAAUGAUGAUGACAUCAUCUUUGAAGACUUUGCACGGCAGCGACUCAUCGGAGCAAAAGAUGACAAAGAUGAGGAUGAGGAAGGCACAGAUUCUCCCAAGCUGAACGACAGAUAGAUGAAGAAGACAUGCUCUACUGGAUCAAAGUAUUACAGAGUGAAAGAGAGAACCCCUUGGAGAAAAUAAAACCCUGAAGUUUGGGACACCCUUUAACACACUCACUGUGGUGCAGUUGUUGUGCUCCUGUUUACAUAUGUCUUCUCCAUCCUGAAAGGGUGUAAACAAAAAAAGUGUAGAAAAACAUGACCUCGUUAUCAGCGUAUUUAGCAGGGUGAGAUUUUGGUUCACUGGCCACCAACAGAGUGCCUAUGAUUUUUUGCGGGUUUUACAUGGUAAGAGGAAUAGUGUUUCAUCAUGUUUAAAAUGAACUUCAAUGGUAGCAUGGCUUUGUUGUUAGUUUGUUUUACACGUUCUUCUUUCCAUUAGAAUGAUAAAGAAUUUUAGAGAACAUAACUUUGUAUUUAAAUCUAUUACAGUACAUCUGUUCUGAACACUGUGUAAAGAAACAGAAGCGUUAUUCUUAAUAUAAGCACUGACAAAUAAGCACCUUUUAUUGGACACUCUUGCGUUAAUUAUUGAACAGCUGCAGUUAAAUAUGGACUGAUUUUUAUUUCUGCAUCACUAUUGUUCGGGAAAGACUCAACCUGGAACUAAUAUCAAAUAAUGUAAAUCAAUGGUUUUGUUGUCCAUGUUAAUAAUCACAAAGUCAAGGCCUUUUAAUGAUGUGGCAGUUGUCUUUUUUAGCCAAAUUCUCAAGUCCUAUAAUAUGAAUUAUUUUUUAAAUAGCUGCUCUUAAAAAAUGCUAAAUUUGUCUUAAUUUCAAUUUUAGUACCAAGAUAUUAAUGAUAUUUCUUUCUGGAUCCCUGAUUAUCUAUAAAUUUGUCACAUCAGAAGUAAAUAUCUAUAUUUGACCCCGACACUGUUAAAAGAAAAUAUUUGUUCUCAGGCAACUGUCCACACCAUGAGGCCUCACUUUACACGAACAUUUAACAUUUAUUACUAUUAUUAUUGUUUGAGGACCUCUGUUGUGGCGGUUAUUGUAGUUUCUCUUUAAGCACUGCUCUACUUCAACAUAAUUACACAGAAAGCAUAAUUGUGUUUUUUUCUGCAUUUUUUUUGUGUAUUAUACAGAAACAUAUACUAUGCGUGUUUUACUAGAUCAGCUUUCUUUAUGUAUGUGGCCUUGAUUUACUGCAUGAAACAUGCCAAUACUUUGUGUUUUCAGAUUUUUUUUUUUAACAAGAACGAUAAUUCCAUUGUUUGAUAUAUUGUCUAUUGACCUGUAACUUGGAAGGUUACAGGACUUAAGUUACACACAGACCUAAUUUAAUACAAAAUAAACUGGAAAAAAAGUAAACAAACAGAAUGUUCAUAAUGUAAGAAUAAAUUACACUAUAUAUUAAAUAUACGUUAUGUUGGA